AUGGCGUCGCGCGCGCUCGCGAUCGGUGCGACGGCCACGACGGCGGCGUUUACGGCGUACGUCGCGAGUGAAGAAGGCGCGCAGCGCUCGUGCGUGUUCUGGGCCAACGCGUUUCCCGUGUACGCGCGCUAUCGCGCGGUGCAAGCGCGACAUCGCGACUUCGCUCGCGCGGGCGUCCCGCGCUGGACCGGGAUGGUGCUGAGCGAUGACGAGGCGAACGAGGCGUACGAAGCGCUGCACGAUCAAUACGCGACGCCAGUGCGAGAUUUAGUGUACGCGAUGCGGGGAUUUUAUCUGAAAAACGCGCAGUUGCUGUCGACGCGGGACGACUUUGUGCCGCGGCAGUACUUGACGUGGUGCAAGGACACGCAGGAUAGCGCACCCGUGGAGAUGAAACCGGGCGAGGCGAGGGCGAUCGCAAUAAGAGAACUGGAGAAAAAUGGACACACGGACGUGUUCGAGGCGUGGGACGAAACUCCGCUCGGAGUGGCGAGUAUCGGACAGGCGCACAGGGCAAAGCUGACGAAAAAGUACGGCGGCAGAACCGUCGUCGUCAAGGUGCAGGCGCCCGGAAUCGAGCGACGAUUUCGAGCGGACAUUCGUACAUGCAUUGACUUUUGUAAGCUCGCCAUGCCGCAACACGUGCCACCACUGGAAGAAAUAGAGAGGCAGUUUUUGACUGAAUUCGACUAUCGCGCCGAGGCGGAAAAUCUCGACGAAGUCAGAUCUGCGGUGAUGCCGCGGUGGGGGAACAAGGUGUACAUUCCGGCGCCUCACAAGGAACUGUGCACAAAGGAGGUGUUAGUGAUGGAUGAAGUUCCUGGGAAGCGAUUAGUAGACGGUAUUCGCGAUCAGUUUGACGCCAUUGCUCGGUACAGGGGCACCAGUGUGAGUAGUCUGGAGGAAAAUGAGCGUAGAAAGAUUGAGAGCGGGAGGUUGCGAAGUCGAGACGCGAAACAAGCGGCGAAACACACAGAAAGAGUAAAUACUUUCAUGAAACUUCAGCAUCACUUACUGAUGCCUCUGAAGCUCGCGUACAACGUGUCGCCUCUUCGGUUGGUGACCGGUCCCGUGAAUCGACAACCGCCGCCGAAGCUCGUGAACCUGGGAGCGCUCCUUCAAACCUUGGUCGACGUGCACGCGUAUGAGAUUUUCGAGACAGGAGUGUUCAAUGGCGAUCCACAUCCGGGAAACAUCAUGCUGAUGCCUGACGGUAGGCUCGGACUGAUUGAUUACGGGCAGGUGAAACGCAUAGACUCUGAUGCGCAGCGGGCGUACGCCAAACUCAUCUUAGCUGUAGCCAAAGGCGACGCUGAAGAAUGCCACAGGUUGGUGCAGUCUAAUAAACCAGAAGGUUUCGGAGCCCGAAGUAAGAAUUCAGAUGCAGAGGUCAGUUUUAAGUUGGCGACGUUUUGGAACGAUCGAGACACGCCCGACGUUACCGAGGGACUCAACUUGCAAGAGUUUUUGGACGAAAUGCAAGCGCGUGAUCCGGUCAUCAAGGCUCCCGAUGAGAUGGUCAUGAUUGCACGCGUUUCGGUACUUCUACGAGGUAUGGGCAACGCGUUCAACAUUAGGCUUAGAAUGGCCGAGGCGUGGAGAGCAGAUGCGGAGAAGCUCUUGGCGCGCACGGACCCAGAUUACUUUCUGUUGUGA